GCGGCGGAGGUUGGAACAAACCGUAACAGCCCCCCAGUGGGGCUCCAUCCUCCUGCACCUUUCCGACGCAGACCUCCCAGCAGUUGCCUCCCAAGGCUCAGGCACGGGCAGGUCCAUCCCCGACUCACCUCCGCGGAGAUGCGCCCCACCUCGGGCGCCGCCCUCGCGGUGGCGGCGCUGACCGCCUCGGCGGUCCGCGCCCUGGGCGCGGGCGCCGCCGAGAGGAUCGGGGGCGGGCGCUGGCGCGUCAAGCGGCGGCGGCCGCAGCCGCCGGGGGGUGCGGAGGAGCUGGCCGGCGAGCCAGGGGCGCGGGCUACGGGCGGCGGCGGCGCGGAGUGCCCGAAGGACUACACGCACCUGCUGUCCCCCGCGGAGUCAUGCUGCAUGUCGGGAUAGUGAAGGACCCCGAGUGCUGCACCGACGAGCUGCUCGCCAGCGGGGCCUCGCCCGUGAACGUCACCCGGCCGGGCACACACUGGCACUGUGACGACUAUUACUACGACGACGACGCGGGUAGUGACGGCGGCCAGGGCGUGUGCUACGACAGCCUGAAGGGCCCCCGCGGCACGGACCAGAUGUGGGUGCCGGAUGGGGCCACGUGCGCCUCCCCCAGGAUGCUCUACAUACACGGAGGCAGCUGGAUGUACGGGUCGCCCUUCACCACUGGCUAUCCGCAGCUGGCCUCGAGGCUGGCGGCCGCCACUGGGGCGGUCGUCCUUCUGCCCGACUACCCGCUCGUGCCCGUCGGCAACUACACGUCCAUCCUGCGCCACGCGAUCGAGGCACUGCGGUGGCUGGCCGACCACGGCCCGCACGAGGGCUGCAGCUCUCACGGCAGCGCCCCCCUCUUCGUCGGCGGCGACUCCUCUGGGGGAGGGUCGGCGCUGUCCCUCGUGCUGCAGCUGCAGGCCGACCCAGACCUGCUCCCCGGCGUCCGCAUCGCCGGCGCCUUCUUCUUCAGCCCGUGGACGAAUCUCAUGUGCAACACGCCGGAGUACUACCACCACGCCUUCGCCAGGAUCUCGGACGCGGGGCUCCGGUUCGAGGACUACAGCGAGUUCGAGCAGUUCACCGGCGACAUCUUGUUCCAGUCGGUCUCGCUGGAGUCUUCCAGCGACUUCAACGGGAACGCGAUCGAGUACAUCGGCGGGAACGCCUCCCUGCAGGUCGACCCCAUCGCCUCCCCGUACUUCGCCCCUCCCCAGCACUUCGCGGGCAACCGCACGCCCGCCCUCUUCUUCGCCGUGGGGGACUCGGAGUCGAUCAUGGGAGACACGGUCCGGGUGGCGAACGCCGCUGGCAGGGCCGGCGCCGACGUGACCGUGGAGAUCCACAGCGGCAUGUGGCACGUCUUCCCGAUGUACUCGGAGGGCUGCGGCAGCGGCAGCGAGCUCUGGGCGGGCGCGCACGUGAUCAACGCCACGGGCGCCUUCGUCCGCAGGGUCGCCGCGGGCCGCCUCGAGCCCGUAGGGGACCGCCGCCCGCGCCUGCACUACCUGUACAGCCCGAACCUGGACAGGUUCGAGGAGACCGGGGAGCUGCUGCCGUACACGGUGCCGGGGCGCGAGAUGUACCACCAGGCCAUGAAGAGUCUGUCCCGCGCGCCGAUGUGGGCCGUGGUGCUGUCCUUUCUCGCCUCGGGGACGGGCGUGUUCCUGGCGGGGUGCGCGUGCGGCGGGCUCUGUGUCCACGGCGGCCAGGCAACCCUGAGGCGGGGCAGGAGGGUGGCGACGUACCGUGCCGAGAAUGGCCACCUGUACACUCGGCUGGGGGACCAGGGCGCGCUCCAGCGCAAGCGCACGUUCCUCGAAGACUUCGUGCAGGACGUUCCGUCUUCUUCGAGAUUCUGACACUGGGCCAUCACAUGAGGACCCUCUCCCGCUCGGUCAACUACCGUUGGUGGCUCCUCAGUAUAGAGCCCUUGAAACAAAAACAAAUGUGUUUCUUCCACUUGCUCUCCUCAUCACCUCUCGUGGUAUAGCACCGCAUGUGGCUUCUGUUUGAGGCGGGGGCACCCAGC